AAAAUCUCAUCUCUAACAGGAAAACUUGGUGGAAAAAAGGCAUAGAAAAUUUUGAAGGUUUAAUGUAAAAUAUUGCAAAACGGUAGAAGGAAAAUGUUUCCUCAUAACAAUCAUAAUCAAUUCAUGCCCCAAGCACCGCCACCUCCGCAUUUUCCAACCUCGGCUCUUGCAGAUGUUGGGCCUAAUGGAAGAAGCGGUGGUGUGGGUAAUGCCUUGGCCAUGGGAAUCGGCAAUAUUGCGCCCGUAAGUGGAAUGGGGCAAAUAGAUUGGGCUCAAUUGGCCCAACAGUGGAUUCAUAUGCGCGAUCAAACCGUAAGCACAGCAUCAACAACUCCGGGACCGCCGGCACCACCCAAUUUUGGUAUAAUACCCUUGGCACCGCCGCCCCCCAUUAUAAGCAAUGCACCGGAAUAUCAAAGACAGCAAUUGUCCAAUUUACAUUACGAGGAGCAUGGUGAGGCCGAUAUGGAUAUGGACGAUGAUACAGAGCGUGGACACGGCGUAGAUAUGCAGAUAUCAACGCCACCGCCGCCCAUGCCACCUGCAAUGUCCAACCAGAUUAGCCAAUCUGACAGCAAUGCAGCAGCGUCUGGUCGAGGUAAACAACAACAGGAGCAGCAAUGGACUAAUUGGCCAGGACAAAGCAAUAAGCAGGCCAUAAAUAACCCAACAGCUCAUAUACCCUCUCUACUGAAACUCAAUGUUAGCAAUCCCAAUGAGCCACAUGGAUUGGGGCAUCAUCAUCAAUCACAACCAAGUCAACAUCAACAGUUGCCGUCGCAGACUCAGCAACAGCAGCAGCAACAACAACAGCAAUUGGAGGUCAGUAAUAUGGGCGGCAGUGCCAGUGAAAUAGACACAAAUAAGCGUAAAAUGUUGCCAGCUUGGAUUAGAGAGGGCCUAGAAAAAAUGGAACGUGAAAAGCAGCGGCAGAUGGAACGAGAACAGCCGAUAACAACUACGAAUUUGGAUUUGGAUUUAUUGGGCUCAUCCACAGAUACCGAAAAUCAUCAUCAUAAUCAUAAGCAACAACAGCAACAGGGCCAAAAUGUUAAGCAAGUAUCUAGCAAAACACUAACAACACCUGUUAAUCUCAUGAACCUGACAAAUGUGGCCAGCGACAGCGAAGAUUCCCAUGAGGAGCUCUCAGGGAAUGCUCCUGCCUCAGCUCAGCUCAACAAAGGUAAAGAUAUGUUAAUUAGGAGAACAACAAGAAGAAGGAGCGAUUCACAAACUACCGAACAUACCCAAGACAUUGACGAGCAGGAGGAGCAGGAGGAGGAGCUGCCACCGAGAAGUGAGAUUAGAAAUGAUGCAAUAGCAACAAGGCAUUCUAGGCAAGUCCAUGACAAUGGUAAAAACUACGAAGAAAGACUGGCAGAUUUGAUGAUGGUUGUGCGACGCACAUUAACCGAAAUAUUACUGGAAACGACAAACGAAGAGAUUGCAAUCAUUGCAAGUGAAACAAUGAAAGCGCAUCGCGCUAAAGCGUCAUCAGCCCAAGUGAUUCGCAAAAGCGCCUUGUCCUCCAUAACCGGCAAUUUGGGUUUAGCUGCAUAUGGCGAUUCUUCCACCGAAAGCGAAGGGGAUGAUGAUGAUGAUGACGAUGGACAUAAGGACGGUGAUGAUGAUGACAGGACGUGGAAUACAACAACAACAACAGAUUCAGGAAAACUUAGCGCGGAAGAGUUAAAGGCCCGUAUACGACGUAGCAAACGUUCAUUUGAGAAGGUCAUUGUUGAUAUUGAACAACGAGUCGCCCAGCAAGAGCAACGCGAUGGGCUUGUAUUGGAAAAGCAACGCAAACUCGAAAUGGAACGCAUGGCAGAAAGGCGGAAAGGAUCCGGCAGCCAGCGAGAACCAAUCUGCGAAUCAUUACUACUUGGUUCUAGCAAUGAUAAAAUUAAACAGUUUAAUGGAAAACGUCCAAGUCGCAAGGAGCGUACUACACGGUUUAGCGACAACAAGGAUGUGAAACAGUCAAAUCAAAGUUUUAUCCAGCAUGUGGUAGUUGCUGCCGUUUCUGCUCCAGUAUCCAUGCCGGCGACCACAAGCAGCUCCUCUACAGCGGUGCCUUCAAAAAUAAAGCCUAUUCCCAAUGUGGCUACUAAUUUGCUACAGAUGCCCGAAUCAGUAGCAACUAUGCUGAGUGCUGCCGACAAAGCCCUACAGAAGGUUAAUAAAGCAUCAGACCGGAAACCUAAGCCGCGUCGUCGUUCUUCCACAACAUCAACUUCCAGCAGUAGUAGUGGAAGUGGCAGUGGCAGUAGUACCAGCUCUAGCUCCACUUCUAGUUCAAGCGAUAGCAGCACUUCCGCCACUACCAAAUCAUCCAGUAGCCGGAGUGUUAAUAGCAAGAAAAAGAACACCAGCAGCAGCAGCAAAAGUCGUCGUACAGCUGCAAGCAGCAGCAACAGUCGUCGUCAUCACCACCACCACCAUCACCAACGAGAUCAAGAUGGGGGGAGCAGCAGUCGCAGUAGAAGUAGAAAUAAAUACGAUCGACGAGAAAACGACAGAGAGCGUGAACACCGUCAUCAUUAUGGUGGCAGCAGCAGCAGCAAUAUGCAUCGACGACGUCCUAACAAGCGAGAUUCCAGCCAUUCUGGCGAUGAGCACAGGGACAAUAGGCAUCGUUCAUCCCGUCAUGGUGACUAUGCCAAAGCCAAGCGACAUCAUACACGAUCCCGUUCAAGAUCUAGAUCGCGCAACAGUCAACAUUACCACCAAAAUCACUCCACCAUUUCGCAUUUAUCUUCCUCUUCCGCGUCGCAUCAUCGCAAACGUGUCUGAAAUUCUUAUUUUAUAUGUGACUAUCAUAUUUUCGGUUUUCUUCAGUUUUGUGAGAUAAUUAUCUAGUUUUGAAUUUUAAUUAUCUAUAAUUUUUUUAUUCUUCUUUUCUGUUAUUAAACAUUAUUUAAAACAGUGUUUUUUAGUAAAGCUUAUUAAAAAAAUAAAGUAAAACAUUAAA